AUGGCGGAAGAAUCGCAACAUAAACCGUUCAAGUCUCCCUUUCCACAUCAGCCUACAGCGACGGCAAGCUCCUCAACCGACUCCAAAGACGAUGACUCAAAGUCCAAACUAGCCAACGGCCUCGUCCUAGACAAAGAUGGGAAACCAUGCCGUCUCUGCACCUCCGCCGCAUCGUGGCGCGCCCUCACCAAGCAAGCCAAAACCUCCGGCGCCGCAUCCGCAGCAACUUCGACCCCGACCUCGACAUCCUCCAACGAUCCCGUCACAAAACCCCCCUCCUCCAAUCCCACCCCCUCGCGAAAUGAAUGCCCCCCAGACGUCGAGAAACUCGGCCGCUCGACCUGGACCCUCCUACACUCGAUGACGGCGACGUAUCCAACGAAAGCGACAACAGAGCAGCAGACGGAGAUGCGAACGUUCCUGAAGCUCUUCUCGCGACUAUAUCCGUGCUGGGUAUGUGCGGACGAUUUCCGCACGUGGAUGGCCGAGCCAAGUGGGAAGAACGCGCCGCGGUUAGGCGGGCGCGCGGAUUUCGGGACGUGGAUGUGCGAGGCGCAUAAUGAGGUGAAUCGCAAGCUGGGAAAGAAGGAAUUCGAUUGUCGGUUUUGGGAGGAGCGGUGGAGGACGGGCUGGAAGGAUGGGAGGUGUGAUUGA